CGUGUGUGUGUGUGAGUGUGCAUGACUGUGUGUUUGUUGGUAGAAUGUCCACGUGUGUCUCUUACAGAAGUAAAUAUCUGGAGGGAACUAUCCUGAGAAUCCGUGAUCCUAGAGGAUCAGAGGUGGCCGAGCUGUAAAGACGCAUGUGUGGGAGGGGGCAGGAGAAGGGAAGUUCAAGCAGAAAGCUGCCAGCGCUGUGUUGGAGACCUCGCCAGCAGCCCCGGAGAACUGCCCAGAAUAGAGCAGUUCUAAGGAUGGUUGUUCAUUAACCUGGGGUUGAAGGCCAGUCCAGCACUGUCCCUGGUCAGCAGGCUAAUUGGGCCUGACUUUGCUGAGGCAUCUGCCAGAGGCCUGGGCUGGAGGACCAGCUUACCUGCCACAGCCUCUGAGCCUGGGGAGGCCCUAGUAAGUCAUUUCUGGAGGACAGAGGUGGGGGCCUGGGCCAAGAGUCUGGCCACUUGACUUGAUCCUGGUGAGAUCCAGGCAGGGGCCUUGGUAGUGUUCUCAGGCCCACUCCGGGCCUCUCUUCCUCUGACCUGGGGCAUUUGUGUCUUUCCUGGAUCCACUUGACCAUCUGCAGACUGAAGGGUGGUCUUUUCAGCAAACGGAAGAACGGAAGUGAGGUCAGGACCAUGUUCCCGUUUUCAGCACUUCCUGUCCUUCUUCUGUGGGUGGUGACAGCGUCCGGCUCAGGAAAAACAGCCUGUGAGGAUGCCCAGAAGACCUGUUCCGUGAUCACCUGUGGCAUCCCGGUCACCAACGGCACCCCGGGCAGAGACGGGCGAGAUGGAGCCAAGGGAGAAAAGGGAGAGCCAGGACAAGGGCCCAGAGGCCUGCAGGGCCCUCCAGGGAAGCUGGGACCUCCGGGAAAUACAGGGGUUCCUGGGCCGCCAGGAGCAAAGGGCCAGAAAGGGGAUCGUGGAGACAGUUCAGUUGCUGAGUCUAAGCUGGCGAACUUAGAGCAAGAACUAAGGACCCUGAAAUCAGAACUGGACCACAUCAAAAAGUUGCAAUUCUUCUCCUUGGGCAAAAAGUCUGGGACGAAGCUCUAUGUGACCAACGGUGAAAAGAUGCCUUUUUCCAAAGUGAAGGCUCUGUGUGCCGAGCUCCGGGCCUUCGUGGCCACCCCUAAGAAUGCCGAGGAGAACAAAGCCAUCCAGAAUGUGGCCAAUGGCGUUGCCUUCCUGGGCAUCACAGACGAGAGUACUGAAGGGAAGUUUGAGUAUGUGACAGGAGGGAGGCUGGCCUACAGCAACUGGAAGAGCAACGAGCCCAACAACCACAGCUGGGGGGAGGACUGUGUGGUCCUCCUGCAGGAUGGCUUGUGGAAUGACAUCGCCUGCUCUUCCUCCUUCACAGCGGUCUGUGAAUUCCCAGCCUGAAGAGGCGGGUUCCUCAGCCCCCUCCCCGGGGCCCUGCAGCGCUCUCUGCUGCUCUGAAAGAGAAUCCAAUGCCAGUAUUCCCA